UGGGACGUCGUUAGUUAGUUGGAGGCAAAGGUUCCGAUGAGACUGUUUAUAGUGUUGAGUGUUUGCGUGGCUCUGGCCUCGGCCGGGUACGGCGGUGGCUACGGCGGCGGCGGCGGCGGUGGCGGUGGUGGCGGUCAUGCGUCGUCUUCGGCAUCGGCAUCUGCCUCGGCUGGAUCUAUAGCGGGCGGCGAUGGUGGCGGCAAAUUUGGAGGCGGGCCUGGACCAGGACUUGGAUCUGGCGGUGGCUUUGACGGUGGACUUUCUGGCCCAGGAUUUGGCGGUGGCGGCCAAGGAGGUCCGUUUGGAAGUGGCGCUCAGCAUGGCGGAGGCGAGACCGGAGGGGGUGGAUUUGGAGGAUCUGGCGCAUCCUCAGGUGCUCAUGGAAGCAGCGGUGGAGAAGGAUUAAUUGGAGGUGGCGGUGCUCAUGGAUCCGGAGGUGCACAUGGGGCCGGAGGCGGAGGCGGAUUUAUUGGAGGCGGAGGAGGUCAGGGACUAGGAGGUGGACUUGGAGGAAGUGGCGGCCAUGGAUCUGGUGGCGCAGGAGGAGGAUCGAUCGGAGGAGGCUUUGGAGCCGGCGGUAGUUCCGGCUCUGCCUCUGCUGGAUCAGGUGGUGGACUGUUUGGAGGACACGGAUCUGGAAAGCCCGGCGGUGGCUUCGGAGGUGGUAAUUUUGGAGGAGACCUCGGUGGUUCCGGCGGAUUUAAUGGUGGCGGAGGAGGUCACGGACUAGGAGGUGGACUUGGAGGCAGUGGCGGACAUGGAUCUGGUGGCGCAGGUGGAGGAUCGAGCGGAGGAGGCUUUGGAGCCGGCGGCAGUUCAGGCUCUGCCUCUGCUGGAUCCGGUGGUGGACUGCUUGGAGGACACGGAUCAGGCAAACCCGGCGGUGGCUUCGGAGGUGGUCAUUUUGGAGGAGACAUAGGUUUUGGAGGUGGCGGAAUCGGAAUUGGACAUGGACCAGGGAUCGGCGGAGGUCACAGUCAUGGCGCCGGUCUUGGUGGCCCCUUCGCUGGAGGCUUUACUGGAGGGAAUGGUGUUGGAAAAGGAGGCGGAUACGGCGGCGGAGGGCGAAGGAGAUAG